AUGAGUAAACAUCAACGUCGAAAAGGAAAUGCUCAGGCAGCAAGCAGUGCCCAUGCUGCAGAGUUAUUGGCCAAUUCCGGAUAUACACUUCAGAUUGUAACAUUUGGUGAUUGUGAACCAUUUACAUCAACUUCAUUGGAGAAUCGCGGCACAGAUGAAGACCACUUUGAUGCUGAAAUCCAAAUUGCUUUAAGAAAAACUAUAAAGAGGGAUUCACAGACUCGUGAAAAGGGACUGAAAGAAUUGAGACGACUGAUUGAUGAAAUAGGGUUCGACGAUAUCCGAAAAAGCUUCAAACAUUUUGCUGCCUUAUUUCCCAGACUAGCUCUUGAUACGACCGCAACAAUAAGAUCUAAUGUGGUCCGUGUCUUAGGAGACUAUAUCAAAAAGCUGCAAAAAAACUGUGAAUCACAUCUAAAAAAGGUUUUACCCUAUGUGAUAUUAAUGAUGCACGAUAGUUAUUCCCAAGUGGUCAAUGAAUCAAAAAACAUGCUAAUUGAUUGUUUCCCGAAUGGUAAAUAUGAUGUUAUUAUAGAAAUGUUCAAGGAACAAGUAUGUGGAAUAUCCAUUGAAUUUAUUAGUGGCAAACAUCCACUGUUAACUAGAUUUGAGGGAGAGGAGAUUGAAGAAGAGCGUUUUGUGAGACUUGCUUCGCAAAGCUUGCAUUACCUUCAUUGGGCUUGUUCACAGACUCUUAGCGACGAACAGCGUAAUCGGAUACUUGAAUUUUUUAGUAAUCCAGCACACAGACGAUUAAUAUCAUCGUCUGCACAGGUUGUUAGUGCAACAAUGAUCCUAGCAAAUGGUGUAAGAACAUUACCUGGUGGAUGGGAGGCAGUAUUAAAAAGUGCCAUACCGAAUGCGGCAUUAAGCCAUCUGGACGACCCUGACAGAAGUGUCGGUCGCGCAUCUGCUGCUCUCAUUCUUGAAAUGGCCAAGGCAGACGUGCUAUUUCAUGUAUUGGAUAUUGAUAAUGCUGUGAUACGUCGCGUCAUAUCAUUGAUAAGCCGGAAGAAAAACUUUUGGAAUCACAUCUCAACUAUGUUAGUGCCUGUAAUAAAAGCAGUGCUUGAAGAGAAGUCGGUGGUUGAAGGUCGAGAGCUCCUGGACAAAAUACUGAAUGCUUUUUUUGAUGGGAUGCCUUGGAAUCUGUCAUUUCCGAGUGUUGCUUGGGUGAAUACUUUUGCAGAAUUCAUAGAAUUUGGAAUUUGGUGGAUCAUGAAAUGGUGUAUCAAUGAUUUGAAUAAUGUUAUGGAUGAAUUUGUUGAAAAGAUAUGGAUUGCGACAAAGUACACUUUGAAGUGGAAUGACAAAUCAUUAGUCAAGAAAAUGGCGCAUUUGCCAGAACGUAUUUUCAAUAGAUGGUUCCAAAAUUCGCAGAUUGCAUAUAGGCUACAUCGCAAAAUUCAGAAGCGUCUUUUGGAUGAGCUUCCAUCUACAGAACCAAUAAUCGAGGAGCUAUUUUGUGACGGAGUGAAGCCAGUUUGGUCUGAUUUUACAGCGCAGUUACUUAGAAAUGCGCAUGCUAGUCAGAAAUUAGUUUAUAAUGUAAUGGAAAAAUGUAAUGAUGAUAUACUGGAACACAUCAGUUCUCAAGUUGAUCUCUGCCAAGCUAUUUCGAGCAAAAUUGAUUGGAAUGAUGCUGAAGACAUUGCAUUACUUAUGUUAAUGUUACUGAUGAAAUUCGCGGCGAAAUUUGAGAAGCAGAUCACCGAGUUUUAUGAGGCAAAUGACGAACUAACAUCUAUAAGAUUUUUGAUUGCUUUUGGAUUGCUAGAUAAGGAAAGAUAUUCCGCAUCUCAUUUUAUUGAUGACGAUCUACUGCUUAUAAGAGCUAUGCGAUUUUGUGUUCAUAAAGCAGAUCUAAAACGCUGGAACAUUCUUAUGGAUAUUGCUGCAUCAUUUCCUUAUUUUGAAACCGUUUUGCAGCAAGUUUUGGAAGAGGAUCAGAUAGACCAACAGCUAUUAAUAGCACUAUUAAACAAACGAGGACGAGAGAUUUCUGAACACUUGCGGAGUAAACUCGUUGAUCAUAUUGUUGAACAAUUUUUCGAAACAGAAGAAUCAUCUUCAGGUGUGAUUCAAUCUGAUUAUUUGAAAGUUAUAAACGAAACAGUUGAAGUAAUGAUUUCAUCCAGUGUUGAUAUGAAAUCAGUAGCACAAACUAUUACCAGCAAAAUUAAAUCGACCAACUUACUCCAGUUUGACUCUGGUAUUGAAAUUGCGACGAUAAUUGCUGCUUCAUUGCCAUCAUCAUCUGCCACUUAUUUUUUUAUUAACUGUACCGAUUUGGUUAAUAACUUAUCAGAUCUUGAUAAAAAGUAUGCCUUAGAAAUAAUGGAUGCGCAGGAAUGUCUUGCUUUGCCAAUAGUUAAAUCGCUGCUUAGUGAAAAUAUGGAUAAUAAUUCCACAUUGUUAUCUCAUCUCAGUUAUGCUGUAUUUAUAAUGAAAUAUCUCGACACAGCACUUGAGAAGCACAUCGGAUAUUGUAUGGCAAGCUUCCUUUAUGCUAUUGCUAUAUCAUCAUUAGCAUCCAUAAAUACAAUAUGCACCGAGAGCCUCAUCGACAUAAGAACAAUCUUAAAAAAUUUGAUCAACAAGUUGAUUUUGGCAAAUGAACAACUUAUGGAAAACAUUCUUUCUGAAUGCAUUUCACUAAUUGCCAAAGGAAAUGGAUCGUUAUGCUUGUUCCUUGCAAUGCGUUUUGUAGCAAACGGCUUAUGCGUGGAAAAGGUUAAAGCGUUGUUGAGAGCAUCUGCAAAGAACUUGAAUCCCUUUGGGAUUGCAUUUUGUUCCUCAACGCUUUACUUUCAAGAUGUAGAAAAAGAGUGUGACGACUAUUUUGACCCUCCUAUUGCUAUGAAAUACUGGAUAGAUUGUUUUGAAAUGGCAUCAUCUUUGAAAGAUUUAAUGAAUCCAGUGCGAGUACUUCUUCUGUUCAUGUUGGAGGGAUGCCCCAGGCUUGAUGAAUUUUUAUUCUCCCAUAGGUGA